UACUAUAUUGCCAAAAGUAUUUGGGACACCCUUCCAAAUCAUUGGAUUCAGGUGUUCCAAUCACCUCCAUGGCCACAGGUAUAUAAAAUCAAGCACCUAGGCAUGCAGACUGCUUCUGCAAACAUUUGUGAAAGAAUGGGUCGCUCUCAGGAGCUCAGAGAAUUCAAGCGUGGUACAAUGAUAAGUUGCCACCUGUGCAAUAAGUCCAUCUGUGACAUUUGCUUGCUACUAAAUAUUCCACGGUCAACUGUUAGUGGUAUUAUAACAAAGUGGAAGCAACUGGGAACAGCAACUCUAAAACAACAAAGUGGUAGGCAAUGCAAAAUUACAGAGGGGGGUCAGCGCAUGCUGAAGCGCACAGUGCUUAGAUGUCGCCAACUGUCUGCAGAGUCAAUA